AUGUUACUGGUAUUGAUUUCACUUAUGAGUAUAGUUGUCUGUUGUUGGGCAACUACAAAUGUAGCUGAAAUAAUAGAUAACAACAAAAGAAAUGGUUCAACAAUGGGCGGCUAUAUGGAUGAUAGUAUUCAAACUUCAGAAAAAAGUGACGGAAAAUUUUUGAAUUAUAUUCGUCUUCUCGAUGGUCAAUGUCACAAUUGUUCCACAUAUAAAUGUACUAAUCAUAAAUCAAAUCUAGGUGGUUCUGAAUGGUGUAUUAUGUUAUUUCCUGAUGCUCUUGCUCAUUGUGAUUCUGAUCCAAAUUGUGGUGGAUAUACAAUGACAACAGCUACAUGGUUUCAUAAAAAACAUGAUAAAAAUGGUCAAGUAGCUGUUCAUCUAACUAAAAUUGGAGAAAAACCAUUCAAUUGUUCAUUCUCAGAAUGGAGUAGUUAUGAAAAACAAAAUACUAUUCGUGAUACUCCUGUUAUAUAUGGUCGAACAACAUGUUCAAAUAGCGAACAAGGCAAUUUCAAUUAUAUAUUUGAAAGUAAUUCAAAUGCAGUUACUGAAGGUGAAACAUACUUAUGCAAAAAUCAUCCCCAAAAUCUUGAUAAUAAGGAUGCAAAUUGUAUUUUAUCAAUUGUUGACGGAAUAACACAAUGUAAUUCGGAUGAGCAAUGUGAAGGAUUUGUUAUCAAUACAGAUAAAGAUUGGCAAAAUAAAUAUUCAAAAAAUGGGAUGCAAGCUGUGCAAUUGUAUGGAAAAGGUGUAACAUAUGUGCCAAAUCAAAUAUGGCGUAGUUUUAAAAAACAACAUUAA